AUGGCAAUCACAACAACAACGACCCCGCCCUCCAAACCCAAACCCCGGACAAUCCACCUCGGCGACCGCGCAGCCCUAGCCGCCGCCCUCCGCUCCCCGCACCCGGUGCUCGUCCACCUCAACGCCGACACGACCUGGCUGCUGCAACUGCCGUACCCGGCGGGCGUCGCGCCGCCCGCCGGUCGCACGAGGUUCAAUAUCUUGAUUGACCCGUGGCUUACGGGCCCGCAGUCUGACGUCGCGGGCUGGUUUUCGACGCAGUGGCACCUUAUCGCGCCUAGCGUGCAGACUGUCGCGGAGCUGGACGCGCUGCUGGCGGAAGCGGAAGUGGGGCCGGACAGUGGCGGGGCCGGACCACCAUCGGGGCUAGGAUCGGGACAGGGCCGGGAGGGACAUGAGAAGAGGUCGUAUAUCGACGUCGUGGCGCUGUCGCACGAAUUUACAGACCAUUGCCACGAGGCUACGCUAAGGGAGCUACCGCGGACGACGCCCGUGUUCGCCACGGAGAAGGCGGCGGAACUGGUGCGGUCGUGGCGGCACUUCGACACCGUCGUCACGACCACGGGGUUCUCAUCCGAGACGGGCGACUGGCGCAAGACGCUCAGUCUGGCUCCGCUGCCGGACUGGGUUGGGAUCGGGAGGGUCAUCACGGCGGGGAAUGCAUUGUACUAUCACUCCGCCAUUAUGGUCGUAUUCGACACUACCACCAGCGCGGCAUCCGGAGCCGGGAACGGAAACGCGGUCGUGUACUCCCCCCACGGCAUCAAGGGCCCCGACCUCCAGUCCGUCAGCGGCGCCGGCAUCAGAACGCUGGCGCUGCUGCACGGGCUGCACGACGUGCGGAUCUGGAUGACCAAGCAGCUGAACCUGGGCGCCAUCAACGGGCUCGAGGCCGUGCGCGCGAGCGGGGCGCGGUACUGGGUCGCGACGCACGACGAGGUCAAGAAGGGGGGCGGGUUCAUUGCGCCCUUGCUGCGCAGGACGGCGUAUACGCUUGCGGACGCGGUGAGGACGGAGACGGAGAGGGCGGGUGGGGAGGUGCCGGAUUAUGCGUUUGUGGAGCUUGGGUCUGGGCAUGGGUUGGUGUUGGUUUAG